AUGUCCUACGACCCGGAGGCAGCCCAUGGCCGGCCACAGGAACUGAACAUUGCACCCUCGGAGAAGCCACUACGACCACUAACUACUGACGAGAAGCUUGCGGCCACCAGAGUAGACGUGGACUCCAGAGGGUCAGACAGCACACAGGUGAUCGAGUACAACAACACGCUCGUGAAGCAAGACAAUGGUAUGCUUUCAAAGCUCCGUAACUUCGAGGCUCUUCUGGACAGAAAGCUGGGCGUGGAGUCUGAAGCCAUCGACCGCAAGCUACCUGAAGACCGCAAGCCGCAGCCAUGGCACUCCCAGCUCGUCAUGGCUCUGCUCUGGGCGUCCGGCACAAUGAACGUCUCCUGCUUCGCGACAGGCUUUCUCGGCUUCGAGUUCGGCCUCUCGCUCAAGCAGUCCAUCUUGAUCAUCAUCUUCGCCUCCCUCCUCGGCGGAGCUGUGAGCGGCUUCUGCGCAACCUUCGGCGCAGCAACAGGCCUCCGUCAAAUCUCUGUCGGCCGCUACAGCAUGGGCUGGUACCCAAAUAAACUCGUCGCCUUUCUCAAUACCGUCCAACAACUCGGCUGGAGCGCCGUGGGCUGCAUCACCGGCGGCCUAGCCCUCCAAGGCGUCUCCAACGGUCACAUCAGCAUCGCCGUCGGCAUCGUCAUCAUCGCCGCCUGUUCUCUCGCAAUCUCCUUCAUCGGCCUCCGCGCCAUCCUCGUCUACGAGAAGUAUGCCUGGCUCGUCUAUUUCAUCAUCUUCAUGGUCAUCCUCGGUCAGACAGGACCUUACACUGACAACACCACCCCUGCCUCCCUCUCCGGCGCCACCCUCUCUGGCACAGUCCUCAGCCUCCUCGCCAUCGUCUACGGCUCCUCCGCCUCCUGGUGCACCAUAGCCUCCGACUACUACGUCCACUACCCCGCCACCGUCUCCCGCACCAAAGUCUUUCUCCUCACCACCCUCGGCAUCGCCCUCCCCACUUCCAUCGGCAUGAUCUCCGGCGCCGUCGUGGCAUUCGCUCAGAACAACCGGCCAGACUGGGCAGCAGCCAACGAACGUGGUCUCGGCUUCUUAAUCAGAGAUAUGCUGCACCCGCGCGGCUUCGCGGACUUCAUUCUCGUGCUGCUCGUGCUGUCCGGAAUCAACAUGAACAUCAUCAACACCUACUCCGCCGCUAUUUCGUGCCAGCAGUUCGCCCGCCCGUUCUCGCGGAUCCCGCGGUUCAUCUGGACGAUCGCGUGUUUCGGCGUCAUCAUAGCCCUGGCGCUUGCGGGACGGAACCAGCUAUAUCAGUAUCUUGAGAACUUCUUGAGUUUGCUGGGAUACUGGUGCACGAGUUACUUCGUCAUUGUGUUUACGGAGCAUUGGUACUUCAGGAAGGGCAACUUCCGUAACUACAACCUUGAAGGAUGGAAUGAUCCGAAGGUGCUGCCGAUGGGAUUGGCGGCUGCGGCGGCUUUUGCGCUUGGGGUCGUUGCGUGGGUGCUGGGGAUGAACGAGACCUGGUACAUCGGCCCACUAAGCGCAACGAUCGGAGAUUAUGGUGGGGAUGUGGCGAAUCAGUUCACUUUGGUCGUCACCACAUUGUCUUAUGUCCCACUGAGGCAUCUGGAGCUGAAGUACAUUGGCCGGUAG